AAGGAGGGAAGGAAGGAAGCUGGGAACGAGCGAGCGAGCGGGGGCGCGAGGCGUUUACCUGGAGGCAGCGGCUUGGGCGCGCAGAGCGGCCGCGGCUCCCCCGCACCUGCGGCCAUGGAUGAGGAGCGCGCCCUCUACAUCGUCCGGGCCGGCGAGGCGGGGGCUAUCGAGCGGGUCCUGAGGGAUUACAGCGAUAAGCAUAGGGCUACUUUCAAAUUUGAAUCAACAGAUGAAGAUAAAAGAAAGAAACUCUGUGAAGGCAUAUUUAAAGUCCUUGUAAAGGACAUCCCAACAACAUGUCAAGUGUCCUGCCUGGAAGUUCUCCGCAUUCUCUCCAGAGACAAAAAGGUUUUAGUUCCUGUAACAACCAAGGAAAAUAUGCAGAUACUGCUGCGAUUAGCCAAGCUAAAUGAGUCGGAUGAUUCUUUGGAGAAGGUGUCAGAGUUCCCAGUUAUUGUGGAGUCAUUAAAAUGUCUGUGUAACAUAGUGUUCAACAGUCAGAUGGCACAGCAGCUCAGCCUGGAACUUAACCUUGCUGCAAAGCUCUGUAACCUCCUGAGAAAGUGCAAGGACCGAAAGUUUAUCAAUGACAUUAAGUGCUUUGACUUGCGCUUGCUCUUCCUCCUGUCACUUUUGCACACUGACAUCAGGUCACAAUUGCGCUAUGAGCUCCAGGGACUACAGCUGCUAACCCAGAUCUUGGAAAGUGCCUUUAGCAUCAAGUGGACCGAUGAAUAUGAAUCGGCCAUAGACCAUAAUGGACCUCCUCUCUCACCUCAGGAGACAGACUGUGCCAUUGAGGCCCUCAAAGCUCUCUUCAAUGUGACGGUAGACAGUUGGAAGGUGCAUAAAGAGAGUGAUUCUCAUCAGUUCCGUGUCAUGGCAGCUGUCCUUCGCCAUUGUUUACUAAUCGUAGGUCCAACUGAAGACAAAACAGAAGAGCUGCACAGCAAUGCAGUCAACCUUUUAAGCAAUGUUCCGGUCUCUUGUUUGGAUGUUCUCAUUUGUCCAUUAACCCAUGAAGAAACGGCCCAAGAGGCAACGACACUAGAUGAACUACCCAGUGAUAAAACAGCUGAGAAAGAAACUGUUUUGAAAAACAAUACCAUGGUAUACAAUGGUAUGAAUAUGGAAGCCAUUCAUGUUUUACUCAGUUUUAUGGAGAAGAGAAUAGACAAGGGAAGCAGCUAUAGAGAAGGUCUCACUCCAGUUCUCAGCUUAUUAACAGAAUGUUCCCGAGCCCAUCGAAACAUCAGAAAAUUUCUCAAAGAUCAGGUUUUACCACCAUUGAGGGAUGUGACAAAUCGACCUGAAGUUGGCUCAACUGUGAGAAAUAAGCUGGUGCGCCUCAUGACACAUGUUGACCUUGGAGUCAAGCAAAUUGCUGCUGAAUUCCUUUUUGUCCUUUGCAAAGAGAGAGUGGAUAGCCUGCUGAAAUACACUGGCUAUGGGAAUGCUGCAGGACUGUUGGCGGCCAGGGGCCUCUUGGCUGGAGGAAGAGGAGAUAAUUGGUACUCAGAGGACGAGGACACAGACACUGAAGAAUACAAAAAUGCAAAACCAAACAUUAAUCUUAUCACUGGUCAUUUAGAGGAACCAAUGCCAAAUCCCAUAGAUGAAAUGACAGAAGAACAAAAAGAAUAUGAAGCCAUGAAACUUGUCAACAUGCUUGAUAAACUUUCCAGGGAGGAGUUGCUUAAACCAAUGGGACUAAAACCUGAUGGGACAAUAACGCCUUUGGAGGAAGCACUCAACCAGUACUCUGUCAUCGAAGAGACCAGCUCUGACACAGACUAAAAGCGUCACCUGCCCAACUCUCAAUAUUGCUUUUAUCAGCAUCUUUUCUCUGUAGCUCCAGGGGAGUCUUUUCUCUAAAACAUUUAUGCCCUUGCUUUGGCUAGAAACACAUUAACUGGUUUACUCGUUGAGAAUCCAGCAUAUUUAAGAGGUGAUCCUGUGUUUUCGCGAUACCGAGGCGUUCGUACAGAGCUGCAGUUAGAUGGAGUGGCAGGGGCUAACCACAGAAGAAGAGGAAUUCCAUUUCAUUGGGAUGGAACUGAAGGACUUCAUCCUAUAAAGCAGCCCUGGUUGAAUCUGGCCAUUCUGUUUGCCAAGGUUCUUAGAAGAUGUAGUCGUGGCCUUCCUCUCUCGCCUGUGAAAGCUGCCCCCUUCUGAAUCUCUCCAGCAGACGGAGCCACGUGAGAAGCAGAACGAGCCGCUAAAUAAGGGCUGAGGCAAGUGACUUGUUAGAUCAGGACUGAUUACAUGGAAGCCAAGCAGCUGCUCCAUAAACCUAGUCCCACUCUUCAAUUUUGUACAAAUAUGUGGAAAUGCACAAACACGCACACACACAGCCCCAGACUUGCAAACUGAUUACAUUCUAAAAGUUUGUAGGUCCCUUAUCGAGAACUUCAGAAUACAUUUCUCCCUCUAAAGGGUUAUAAAUGAUGGUUUAGUUCUGAGGCAGCUACAGAUGCCUAUUUAUUCUCUUACGUACCUUAACACUAGUACCAUAGAACUGAACCCCCAUCUGUAUCAUUGCAUGGGAGCAUGCAUUCUGAGGUCUAACUCGGGGUGCCAGGAACACACGUCCUCCAACCCAGCAGAGAGGAUGGGGACUCCCGGAGUGCUGGGAGUUCUCUCAUGGCCUCUGCUGGGGGUGGAGGGGGUCAGCAGCCCCCAUUUGUACAUAUAGGUCAUUCAUAGGUCACAGGUUGUACAUUGGGACUGUGUGUGCGCUUGUGUGUGUGUUUGACCUUUCUACCAUAUGUGAUCAGUUUAAUGGUAACUUUAUUUAUUUAAAAAAAAAGAAACACAGUUACUGUUAAACUGAUUAAGGCUGUUUAUUUUUACUUUUAGAAUUGGUCAUAUGAAGAAGUAGAAUAUGGACCCUGCAAUAGACAGUGGGCCUAGUUCAUCAGUGGCUAAAGCUGAAAGGGGUUGGUUUCCUUGUAUAUAUGUCUGCAUGGAUGUAUGUACAUGUACGUACAUGCAUACAUAUAUACACAUAGAUAAUGUGCUUAACCACUGCCUUUUAAAACUUUAAAUUAAAUAAAACAUUGGGGUUGAUUCAAUUUAGCCAUCUGUGUGUGUUUCUUUACAGAUACAUGGGGCAAACAAUAUUUCAGAGUUUAUGCUUUUUUUAAAGUGUUUUCACAUCUGUUAUCUCACUUACCAUAAUACCCCUUCUAAGGAUAGGUAAAGUACGUGGAGUAUUGGUGGAAAAUGUCAUUUAUCCAGAGAUCCCUUCUCUGACAAAACAACAGUUCAAGGAUGCAGUUUUUAAAGGCCUUUGAGCUGCCAAAGAAGUCACUAGAGUUUCUUGCAAUUUACUCAUAGGAGAGAUCCUCAAGAAUCUCUCCUUUUACCUCUUUACUAAAAUUUGCAUACAUUUUAACAGAUUUUUUAAUGGGCUUGAAAGCCAGAUAACUCAAAACAAAAACAAAGACCAAAACGGCAGAGGAGGUGGCUGCUCAAUAGAAGGCAGGUCUACCGAAAACCGCUGAAGGCCCCGCUAAAAACCGGAUAGGAGGGCAGGGAGGAGGAGGAAAUCUACACCAGGCCUCACAAGUCUGGGCCAGUCUGUUUCCCAAAGGACACUGGUGGACCCAGAAAGAUCUGUACCAACAGCAUGGCCCAUAGACAAAUUCUCAGAGAGAGGACCCAGACUUGAUUUUACAAAACUGAGUAAGUCCAGAAUACUCCAGAAUAAAAGGCUAGGAAGAAUACAAUAUACUUCAGGAUUUUCAUCCAGAUAGUUGGAGAAGUGGUGGGUGACCCAUGUUUUAACAGUAAAUGAAAUGAAACUCGGCAAUUCAUAAAUUUAGAUUGUGUGAAAAAAGUUUAGAAAAAGUAUUUUUGUUACUUCAUCCUACAAAUGCAUUUUUAAAGUAUUUUUAUAAUUUCUACAAGCAAAUAGCUUUGGCAUGAGUGUCGGCUUACCUACAUGAAGACAGGUUUACCGAAAUAGCAUCUUGCCAGCUGUGCACAGUGUUUGAACAGUCCUGCUUAAGUAGCUGUGCUCUACUGCUUUCAAGGAGUGUGUUUCACUCUGCGUUUCCCUGCACUGGGCACUAAGUACUAGGCUUUGUUUUUGAAGACAGCAUUUGCAGGGGGAGAGGAAGGACCUCAUUUUGCCCCGGGAAAGAAAACUAACGUCUGCUCAGUCCUUAGUAUGUGCUGGGCUUUUCAUGUCUCUUAUCGCAAGUAACCUCAUCGCAUCUCCUGUUAGAGACCGUCCCCGCAGGCCUCAGUUUCCCAGUGUCACUGCAAACAGGAGUCCAAGUCUGGCUGGCCUGACUCCCAACACCUCCCUCCCUCCCCUCACCACCCUGACUACCUGGGGCCUCCUAGGAUUCUGGAGUGCUGCAGGCGGGCAUUCUCAGGCCAUUUUAAGCAAUAACCAUUUCAGCAGAACCAGUUUAAGGCACCUUAUAAGCAGGGAGGUGACCUGGAGCGGAUCUGUGAGUGGAAGACUUGCGCAGGACCGGAUUUCAAACAAGGACCUGGAAUCCUUGAGGUCAGAGACCAGGGCUGCAGGCUUGCCCUAGACAGAUGCCUGCCGCGACGGCCCACGGCAGGGAGGAGCAUAUGGAUGGGCCGCGGGUCCGCAGCCCUCCUGCCCUCCAACGCAGGGCAUGCAAGUACCACCACAAGGCACUUGAGUACAGCUGACAGACGUUCGGGGCCCCCUUCCCACACCCGUGGUCCCGGGAGGUGGGCAGACGGGUUCUCGUCCCUCCUUUAUAAAUGGGGACACCUGCGGCAGUGCAGGUACUGAGUAGCUCCUCAACACCGCAUCAGUUGCACUGCCUCCCGAUAUUGGUGUCUGGUGUCAUGGUGUCACUGGUACGGACCUGUCCCCCACCCCCGCCAUUAUGAAAGUAAUAUAUGAAUAUAUGCUCAUUAUGAAAAGUUUGGAAAAGGCAGAAAGCUAAAGUCACCCAAAUCCCACCACCAAGAUAAUCACUGUUAAUGUUUUAGUGUAUUUCUGUCCUGUAUUUUUUCUAUGCAUAUAGAAUUUAUUUUAUUACAAGACUGGGAUCAUACUGUAUUUACAGAUUUGUAUCCUGCUUCUUUAAUAUA